AUGGCUUCUAAUUCCAAAUUACAUGUAGUGAUGUUUCCAUGGGUGGCUUUUGGGCAUAUCAUUCCAUUCUUUGAGCUCUCCAAAUUCAUAGCUCAAAAGGGUCACAAAAUCUCAUUUGUUUCCACUCCAAGAAAUAUAGAUCGUCUCCCAAAAAUCCCUUCUCAUUUAGUUUCUAACAUAACCCUGGUUAAGAUUCCACUGCCUAAAGUUGAAGGACUCCCUGAGUCUGCAGAGGCAACCAUGGAUAUCAGAAAUGAGGAUAUGGACCGUUUGAAGAAAGCGUAUGAUGGGAUGGAAACUGAGUUGACUCGUUUCUUGGAAGAGUCACGUCCAGACUGGAUUAUAUACGAUUUUGCUCCACACUGGUUGCCUCCAGUUGCAGCAAGACUUGGGAUUUCUCGUGCGUUUUUCUUGAUCUUCAACGCCUGGAUUUUAGCUUUCUUUGGACCAUUAGAGAUCUUGAUUAACGACACAGAUGAAAGGACUAAAGUUGAAGAUUUCAUGAUCCCACCAAAGUGGGUCAAAUUUGAGACUAAAGUGGCUUAUCGACGAUAUGAAGCAAACUGGAUUGUCGGGGCAACUCAGAAGAACGACUCAGGAUUUUCAGAUUCUUAUCGAAUUGGUAAGGUAAUUGAAGGCUCUGAGGUUAUUAUCCCAAGAUACUGCAACGAGUUUGAACCUGAGUGGUUAAAAUUACUCGAAGAGCUUUACCAUAGACCAGUGGUUCCACUAGGAUUGAUGCCACCUCAAGUAGAAGAAGAUGACACUCAAUCAUGGGUUUCAAUCAAAACUUGGCUAGAUAAUCAAAAUAAACGGUCAGUUGUUUACGUAGCAUUAGGAAGUGAGGUGACGCCGAGUCAAGAUCAACUCAAUGAGCUAGCUCUUGGAUUGGAGUUAUCUGGUGUGCCUUUCUUCUGGGCACUGAGGAAGCCAUCUGGGUCCGGCGCCUCCUACUCAGUGAUUUUACCAGAUGGGUUCGAGGAGAGAAUCAAGGGCCGGGGCAUGGUGUGGAAGAGUUGGGCACCUCAGUUGAAGAUAUUGAGUCAUGACUCGGUGGGUGCAUUCUUGACUCACUGUGGUUGGAGUUCUUUCAUAGAGGGACUCGCUUUUGGUCUCCCCUUAAUUGCCUUGCCCUUUCUGGUAGACCAAGGUUUGAAUGCAUCCCAGUAA